UGGCAAAGUCACGGACGUCCAGACCUGCCCCUGAUGGGGCUCAUCACCCGAGGGUGACCAGGAUGCGGGUGCAGAGGACCUUCCCUGGGAUGCUUCCCUGGUCCGGAAGCUUCCGGUCACUGCUGAACGGGCGGCUGGAGGCUGGCACCAUCUGUGGCCGGCCAGCGGGGCCAGAGGAGGUGAGCGCCCACUCCAGCCACAGGGCACAGGGCCUGGCCGAGCUGGUGCCAGGAUGCGAGGGCCGUGCAGGAGAGCUCCGCAGGGCUGGGUGCUCCUUCUGGGCAGUCGGGGGCCACGGGCCGCCAUGGGCUCGGCCUCCCCGCGUGCUCGGGCCCUCGGCCGUCGGUGCCCGCUGGUUCUGCUCCCUGGGGGCGGGGCAGCCUUCCACGGCAGGGCCACAGGGAUUCCGACUUGUUUCUUCAGAGGGGACGGCAGUUCACACGUGGCGGAUGGCACUGUUUUUGAGCCAGAAGCGUGAAACUGUCUUGCUGUGGGUUUUUACGGCUGUGAUUGCAGAAUCGAAUCUAAGAUCAGGGCCCUUUUUUUUUUUUAAGCAUCCAAAACCUUGGGAACUUAAAGACCCUUAAAACAAGCUUUCAACUCUGGCCCAAUUUGGAAUCUUAAAAGGAUUGUUUGCACCCACGCUCUGGUUUAAUUGAGUCUGUUGGGUAGUGUCACUUGUCAUUAGGGUCUCAUUUGUAGGUGUCCCUUCGCGGCUCAGCAGACGUUCUUGUUUGGGGUGUAGCACGCCGAAACUGAAUUCUGUAAGAGACUGGAUACCCCUUCCACCACUGCCACUAAAAACAGAGAAAAGGAAACCUGCCUGCAAGGCCGUGUGUUUUCCGUCUCCCACACAGGCCCUGGCGGGCUCUGAGGGUGGGUGAGGGCCUGGCUCCCGCGAUGCCGUUUCGGGGACGUGGAUUCCUCUGUCUCCCCGUUGAUGGGCGUCUCAGUGUGUUAGAGAGGAAUCUAGGGCAGCCAGGCAGGGGGUGUGGCGUCUGGGCUGGGGGUGGCGCCGGCUCGGCCCUGCCAGGCAGGCCCUCCUGUGCCCCAGGAGCCGUGUGCCGGUUCCCGAGCCCCGGGCGAGGAAGUGCAGCGGGAACCGGCAUCGCCAAGGAUCCGGGGCCUCCAUCCUGGGACCAGGAGCCGUGUGCCGGUUCCCGAGCCCCGGGCGAGGAAGUGCAGCGGGAACCGGCAUCGCCAAGGAUCCGGGGCCUCCAUCCUGGGACCAGGAGUCGGGUGCUGGGCCCUGCUGGGCCGUGCGUGGUGCCUGCUCCGCAGAAACGGAGACGGCUGCGCGUUUUCACACCAGCGUGUCUGUGCUUGACCACGUGGGUCCCCUGGGAGGAGCCCCCUGGGGUCCUGAGACCACCAGUUACACCGUAAAAACUACUUCGUGACUUAACCGAGCAGUCGGCAAGCGUUCUCCGUGAAGGACCAGGGAGUGGCGGUUUUCAUCCCUGCCCACCGGACGUCUCUCGCCACCACUCACGCGGCACAAGAGCAGCCACCGACGAUGGCAGUGCCUGGCCUGGCUGUGUCCCCGUAGAAUUUUAUUCACAAAAACGGGACGGCCGUGGCUCGCCGAGCCGUGACUCGGAUGGUCCACCUGACCAACGGAGAGAUGUAGGGACGUGAGCAGCUCCAAGAUUGUCUAAUUCCACCAUCGAGGGAGCCUGGCUGGCGUUGGGAGCCAUGUCUUUGUCGUCUUCUCAGGAUGUGCCUCAUAAGUGGGAACUCACUGUCUUCGCCGCUGUGCGUUUGGUAAUUCUUCAGAUCCCGGGUCCAGCAAGAGAACGUUUCUGUCAUUUAAAUGAUCCUCGAAACCAAAUCUCACCAGCACACGCCGAGCCCUCACGCGGACCCGCGUUUGUUUCAUCAGCCCCUGGGCACCGAUCAGCGUGGUUAGAGGGUGGUUGUUUUUUUGAGGGUCUGGGGUGCAUCUCUCGGUAACGAAGCAGACACCCCGUCUUUGUCUGGGUUAUUCCUUCCUUUGGCAGCUCCGAAGAGGGGGGAGGCCCAGGAGCACAUUCCACUUGAGGCUCAGGAGGGCCGCACGAGUCUUCUGGAACCUUCUCCCCGCCCGACCGUGGGCGUUUGCUGGUCGUGCUGAGGCCCCUGCCCUCAGAUCUCUGGGCCCCUUCUCUUCUCCUUCGGGGGUCUUGGUUGGGGGGAGCGGAUGCUUCUCCCCCUGCCUGCAGGGGCGUCAGACAGCCUCGUGCUCCUGUGUGCGGCGAGCUCCAUGACGGACACUCGGCCGGCUGGUGACUGCAUCACGGGCAGCUCUGAUGAGCCGCGCUCUUGGGGCUCUCAGGCCUCUCCAUGGGGCGCUGUCAGGGAGACGCUCCUGCCCACAACCGUCGGGGGCGACAGGGAUGCCCCCAGCCCUCCCCUAACCCGGGGCUCUUCGCUCUGCUCUCAGGCCAGCGUCACAUGGGGCCACAAUGAGAGCUCAGCGCCAGGCCUCCCCAACCCCAGGGGCUGGGGACUCUGGGAUGGGAGGCUGACCCCAUCUGUCUCUGCUGCCCCUGCCAGCCGCCCACUGCCUGGCACUUGCAGAAUUGCCAGCCGCCUGCCCCCAGCUGGAGAGGAUCUGAGCAGGCACCCCCCGCCUGGGCUGCGGCCUCAUUACCCAGCCGUGCUCGGAGCUCUGUGGAGCGGGGAGGAUGCAGCACACGGAGCUGGCGGCUCCCAGCAUGGUUUCUCAUUCGAUGGAUUGAGUUUGCCGGGAAUCGCGGGCCGUAAAUACUCCCUCCCGCUCGGCGUAGCGGGGUCAGCACCGUCCCCACCUUGGAGUCUGAAAUCCUGCAGAAGGCACCGUGCUGCGUGGGGACAGGGGUGUCGCCGGGCUGAACUGGGCGCUGGAGCUGCAGGCAGGGCGCAGGGCGCUCUUCUCAGCUCUCCCACCCGCCCCUCCCCAGCAGCCACGGAUUUGGGGCUGUGAGAAUCCGGUGUUCCCGUGGAGGGAAGUCCGGAAGGCUGCCCGGGCACUCGGAAGGCCAUUCGACUCAAGUGAAAAGGCGGUGGAGAGCAGGCGGCUGGAAGCAGCGGGGAGUUGUGCAUUCAUGUGCAUUUAGGGCAGAAAACCUUCCCGACGGGAGGGGC